CCCAUCUAUCGGUUUGGACCAUCUCUCAGUGCUACACACUGUACCCCCGGCCCUUCAAAACGGCACACAAGAAAAAAAAUAUAUAUUGGUGCCUGCUCCAUCUAGCUCUCUCUCUCUCUCUCUCUCAUCACCAUAUCGUCCAAUGAAACCUCACUAGCUGCGGCCUAUCAUCCCUAUAAUUGUACCAGCAUAACAUUACCAAACUUUGCUCCUCUGAUCUCUACUUCUCUAGCUAGGCAUCUACCUCCUUCCCUCCUCUCCUCACCCACCCGCAACCACCCCUAUACAAAAAGAACCUUAUGUCAUAUGCCACUCAUGACCUAAUCACCAAGAUCCAUUUCUUCUCCUCGAGCAAGAACAGGCAAGCCUCUAUUGCCAAUUUAGAAGUGCGUGCCGCAGCAGCUUGCAAUGGCUACUACCGCCGCGCCCCCCGAUCUCUCGCUCCAUAUCAGACCUCCUUCGCCGCCCGACGAUGCUAGGAACAGUGGCGGCGGCGGCGGCGGCGGCCAUCGUCAAGCGAACCACGAAACAGACGUGUUCUUCGCCAAGCAGACGCUGUGUCUUGGACUUGUUGAGACGACGACGACGACGACGACGACGACGGCGCAGCAGGAUGGCCAAUGCGACAUCCAGCAGCAGCAGCAGCCGCAGCGGCUGCACCAACCUAGCCAGAUCCAGAAGUUCAAGAAAAGCUCAUCGGCGGCGCUAUCCGGAGGCACAACGAGAUCUGGGAAUGGCGGCAGCGGUGGUGGAAAGAGGAGCUCCAGAGCACCGAGAAUGAGGUGGACCACGGCUCUUCAUGCACACUUCGUGCAUGCCGUAGAGCUCCUUGGCGGCCAUGAGAGAGCAACGCCAAAGUCAGUGCUGGAGCUGAUGAACGUUAAGGAUCUCACAUUGGCUCAUGUUAAGAGCCACUUGCAGAUGUAUCGAACAGUGAAGGGAACGACUGCAGACAGAUCAUGUGCUGCAGGCCAUGUGCAGAUGAUGAGAGAUAUGGGCUUUCUGCAGAGGGGUUGUGAAAUGAAUGGCUUCGAAGCGUUUAGCAACAGUACUUCUAAUGCUACCGCCAAUAUUAGAAUGCAGCAGGCAGCUGCAGGGUCGCCGGCAGGGAAGCAGGAGGUGGCCUGGUUCUUGCGGCCACCAUCCUUCGCACACCAAAGUGGGGCGGUGCCGCUGCCGCUGCCCUGUCCCUACCUCAUGUCUGCACACCACAACCGCUACUUGCUCUCACAAAAUCAGGGAUGGAGGGCCAGAGGCGCGCAGCAAGACGCUGCUGCCUCGCAGGUCCUAGGUCAGGACAAUGCAGCCCGGCGUCUGCAUCCAGGCUUUACUGACACGGCCAUCAGGCAGAGACCAUCACCCUGGAGCGCAGGUGUUGCAAGCCGCUGGUCGUCGACGACGACGACGGCGGCGGCGGCGGUGCCUUCGCCGUCGAGCGGCAGGAGUAGCAUCAGCAGCACGGAACAACCAGCAUGCAGCUGGACGACGAUGACGAACAAGCAUCAUCAUCAGCAGCAUCAGCAGCAACAGCAGCAGGUGUCAUCAACGAUCGCGGUACCGAACCUGGAGAUAAGCCUGGGGAGGCAGGGAUGGCAACACAACCUGCAGGAUCACCAUCAGCAGCAGCAGCAGCAGCAGCGCAGCGGGGAGUCCACAGCGCCAAAAGAGCUGACCCUCCUCAAGUGCUUGUGAUCGAAAUUAGUAGCUAAUACUUGAUCGAUCGGCUAAUCUCUUGUAUAAUGUUAUCGAGAUGAGCGAGAGGUGCAAGGCUGGAAGCAAAUGAUGGACCGACGACGACACUAGCUAGAGAUAUAUUUUGGUGCUAGCGCUUCACGUAGUUCUUUUUUUUUUGUACUUUGAUCUAUAUCCAUUAGCUUCAUUUUGUGGUA